ACGGACAUGGCUGGUGGCGACGGAGGCCUGGCGCUGCGACUGGAAGUUAGUAGAGUACACCAGGUGGUUCGGGGCUUGUUGGCCUUGCUGUGCGUGCGUGUGGCGGCGGGGAAUGGCUCGCACGUGGUUGGUCUGCACGAGCUGUACAGCUCCCGAGCUCCACCCACAAAGGGCGUGGCUCAUCUCGCAGCGCUGCUGGAUGUGUACCAACCACGGAGCCUGAGGCUGCCGCCAGGGCUGGGGCUGGACUGUAGCCGAGACCUCGACUCCUUUCUGGUGCAUCUGGCCAACAGCAGUGAGUGGGCGGAGCGAAUGUGGGACGCAAGUGGACGCUACAGCUCACAGUUGCUGUGGGGCAACAACUUCUGGCUGGGCUCGAUCACGCAGUGCCAGGACCUCGCCAGACUGCAGUACCCGCCCUUUCAAGUGCAUUUCUUCGUGACUUCUCUACUCAUCAACAUCAGUGUCAUUCCUCAGGCUCGGCAGGUUUCGCUGGGGGUGUGCUUGCCGUCUUCUUGCUCUGCCUCAGAGGUUACGUCCUUCCUGGAGUCCUCGCUCCCCUCUGGUGCCUCCGUGCUGAGGUCAAGAGCUGUGCCUGACCCCGACUACUCAGUAUGGACUCAGCCCGCCCUCUACUUGGCAGGAAGUAUAGCUGCUGUCGCUACACUCCUGGUGCUAAUUGCCUCUGUUGUGGACGUAGUGACGAAACGACACAAGAUAGCUGCUACCACCAACAAAACCACAGUUCAAACUGGGGACACAGAGUGCAAUGGUAAUAACCUAAGCUACACCUCCAAAGGACCAGACGCAGAUGAUGCUAUGACCAACACUCCUAAAGAAAACAGCACAGAGCCAAGUAAAUCCAUCAAGCUACUGCUCUGCUUCUCAGCAAUUUCCAACUUGAAAAAACUCUGUAAUAUCAACUCAUCUGAAGCUUUGGCCUGUCUGCAUGGCUUUAGAGUGCUCAGCCUAGUGUGGGUUAUAGCUGGUCACAGCUGCAUGUUCGCCUAUCCCUUCUCUGACAACAAGGACUUCCGGCGGAUGGUGGAGCGAGACUUCCUGUUCCAGUCCAUCAGCAGCGGAGCCUUCUCAGUGGACACCUUCUUCUUCAUCAGUGGCAUCUUGGUGGCCUACGUGUUCCGCAAGGCUGCAGUGCUCCCUGCUGCGAGCUGCUUCUGGGGCGGGGUGCGGCGCCAGGCAGUGCACUUUGCAGGGGUCUUCAGCUACAGGUACUGCAGGCUGAUAUUGCCCUACGUGUUCGUCCUGGUGGUGAACCAGGUGUCCGCGCUGUGGUUGCGACACAACUCCGUGUUCGACUCGCCCACACUGGACUACUACAACUGCCAGCACUACUGGUGGAGGAACCUGCUGUUCAUCAACACGCUCUUCCCGGUCAAAGACAUGUGUAUGAUAUGGAGCUGGUACCUGGCCAAUGACAUGCAGUUUUACACACUGGCUAUAAUCUUACUGAUGCUGUCCUCAAGGUACUUGAAGGUGGCGGCAGGCAGUCUGAUGGUUCUCCUUGUCAGCUCGUGUGUCACGACGGGCUUCAUCAGUCUCCACAGCGAGCAUGUGCCCAGUAUCGAGGAGCCGCUGGGGCAGUUCGACCGACUGUAUGACAAGCCGUGGACCCGGCUGGGGCCCUACGUGGUGGGUCUGCUGACCGGCUGGCUGCUGCACCACCUGGACUGCAAGCUGCAGCUGCACAAGGUCAUCACACAGCUUCAACAUGUGCUCUACUAUAGUGCUGAUGAUGUGCAAGUUCAUUUUAUAACGCUUUUAAAGGAUUAUAGAACUUUGGCUAUUAAUGAUUUAUAUCUUUUAACAUUGAGAAAACAUUUCUUAUAAACAAUUAAAUUUUUUAGAUAAAAUUUUUUUACAAGCAUUUACAAUUAUAUUAAUCCAUAAUUUGAUACCAACGAAAGCCUUGUUAACUACUGAUUUAAACGCAAAUAUUUAUUUUUAACAAAAUAAAGUUUUUGCAUUGAGGCUAUACGUAUGUGUGCCAGCAGGCUGAGUAAGAAUUUGUACAGAAAAACCUUACACUAAUUAUUUGUUUGAGAAGCACCAACAUUAUAUAUAAUUUGGAUUAUGUCAGAAGGUAAGGUGAUAUGUCUUUGUUAAGUGUCGUAUAUGUUUGUAGCAUCUAUAUAUACAUUUUCCCGCACUGGUUGGUCUAACAAAUAAGUUAAAUUAUUUAUGUUAUUUUUUGAGAAAGCUUGAUGAUAUCAAAGAAAAAUUUUAGAUUUAUAUUCCAGAUAAAAUUAAUAAUAUGUAUGUAAUUGAUCAAUUCUGACGGUCAGGAUCCCCAGUUAAAUUUCAUCUGUGUAAUUUUGUAAUUUAUGAAAUUAUCAAAAGACUAAAUGAAAACUAUAACUAACAAUAAAAUAGGGUAUGCUUAAAAUAAA